AUGCACGAAGAUGAGCCCUCACUCAACAUCCCAUCGCUCCUGACAUUAGCAGUUGUAUCUUACUUCGUGCUACGAUGGUUCUUUAAUCGCGACGAGGGUACUAGCGGAGGCCGGCCCCGCGGUCGUGGCAAUGUUGUUGAUCCAGCCCAAGUAGAACAGAUCGCUCAAAUGUUCCCUCAGCUGAGCACUCGCGAUAUCAUGUGGGACUUGCAGCGCAACGGUGGCAGUGUUGCGGCGACGACAGAACGAAUCCUGGCUGGGCGGGGGCUGGAAACGCCUCCUCCGUCAUUUCAACCCCAGGUUGUAACGCCCCGCGGGCACGGGGCUACCCCGGCUCUGGCUACAUCGACGGCUGCGACAGCGUCUAAGGGGAACGGACAAGACUUGAUCUCUCGGUACAAUCUCAGUGCGAAAAUCGUGUCCGAAAGUGAAGAACCCCAGCCGCCCGCUUCCACAAGUGCUUGGUCUCAGAAUAAAGAGGAGCGACAGCGUUUGCUUCAAAAACGCCGAGAUGAGAUGAUUCUGGCGGCGCGGAGGAAGAUGAUGGAGAAAGGCAAGGACCCAGCCCAAUGA